CGAUCCUGUCAUUUUUAUUUUUGCGUUGGUUGAUCGUCUCUCCAUACUUCCCGUAUCGAUGAUCUGAUCACUGAAAAUUCGCAGGCCGUUGGUAUUUUUGAAAAGGGAAUUUAAUAGUGAUCAACUGAUCCCUAAAAGCAGGCCGUUCGCUGGUUAGCAGUGUAACUGUCGUCAGUGGCGCACAAACGACGUUGUGGGUCGCCACUGCUUUUCUCCGUUUUCUGACUCUCCUUUCCCUCGUCCGUUGGUGGUGAUUGCGGCGGUGGGAUCGUCCGUCCUCUGGCCAGUCGUUGGCAGCGUGAUGGUGACGAUGAGCAGCAUGAGCAACGGCCAGGUCCCGCUGGCUGCGUCCGCCUCCAGUUCCUCCUCCGUCAACGCUUCCUCGGAGGCCAGCAAACUGCUCAACUUCGCGGAGCGCCUGGACAUUGCGCUGCUGGACAAGGUGGUGGGCUACAUGUACAGCGGCGCCAAGUACGAGCAGUCGGAGGCGCAGAAGGUGCUGACGGAGCUGAAGGAGCACCCCGACGCCUGGACGCGCGUCGACGCCAUCCUGGAGUACUCGCAGAACCCCGAGACCAAGUACUUUGCCCUGCAGAUCCUCGAGAACGUCAUCAAGACGCGCUGGAAGGCGCUGCCCCGGGCGCAGUGUGAAGGAAUCAAAACAUACAUUGUUGGCCUGAUUAUUCGCACAUCUUCAAAUCCAGAAAUGCACGAGAAGCACAAACUCUACUUGACGAAAUUAAACUACGUACUGGUUCAGAUUCUGAAGAAGGAGUGGCCGAAGAACUGGCCGACCUUCAUCGCCGACAUCGUGGGCGCCAGCAAGACCAACGAGUGGCUCUGUCUCAACAACAUGGAGAUCCUGCGUCUCCUGAGCGAGGAGAUCUUUGACUUCUCCUCGGGCAGCAUGACGCAGGCCAAGACGAAGCACCUGAAGGACUCGAUGUGCAGCGAGUUCCAGCAGGUCUUCCCGCUGUGCCUCUUCGUCCUGGACAACAGCACCAACCCCCCGCUGGUGGCGGCCACGCUGCAGACCAUGCUGCUCUUCCUGGGCUGGAUCCCGCUCGGCUACGUCUUCGAGACCAAGCUGGUGCCCAGUCUCAUCCAGAAGUUUCUCAUCGUGCCCAUGUUCCGCAACGUGACGCUGAAGUGCUUGACGGAGAUCGCCGGCAUCUCCGUCUCGCAGCAUCCGCAGUACGAGGCCGCCUUCAAGGACAUGUUCCGCGGCACGAUGGAGCACUUGAAACAGAUUCUGCCGCUGGAGACGGACAUCCGCGCGGCGUACGGGAAGGGCACGGACGACGAGCAGAAGUUCAUCCAGAACCUGGCGCUCUUCCUGGCCACCUGCAGCAAGGAGCACGGCCAGCUGAUCGAGAAGACGGCGGAGCUGCGGCCGCAGCUGCUGGAGACGCUGCGCUACGUGCUGCUCAUCUCGCUGGUGGAGGAGAUCGAGAUCUUCAAGAUCUGUCUGGAGUUCUGGAACACGCUGGCCUCCGAGCUCUACCUCGAGCACCCCUUCAACGCCUACCCCGCCUCCGCCGGCGCCAUCUUCUUCCCGCCCUCCCUCAUGAAGAGCGGCGGCCUGGAAUCUCAGGCGCAGCACACGCGCCGCAAGUUCUACGACGGCGUCCUCACCGAGGUCCGCUGCAUCAUGAUCGCGCGCAUGGCCAAGCCCGAGGAGGUGCUGGUCGUGGAGAACGAGCAGGGCGAGGUGGUGCGCGAGUUCAUGAAGGACACCGACUCCAUCAACAUGUACAAACUCAUGCGCGAGACACUCGUGUAUCUGACGCAUCUGGACCCGGUGGACACGGAGCGCAUCAUGACGGAGAAGCUGCACCUGCAGGUGAACGGCGCGGAGUGGUCGUGGAAGAACCUGAACACGCUGUGCUGGGCCAUCGGCUCCAUCAGCGGGGCCAUGCACGAGGAGGACGAGAUGCGCUUCCUCGUCACCGUCAUCAAGGAGCUGUUGGGGCUGUGCGAGCAGAAGCGCGGCAAGGACAACAAGGCCAUCAUCGCCUCGAACAUCAUGUACAUUGUCGGGCAGUACCCGCGCUUCCUGCGCGCCCACUGGAAGUUCUUGAAGACCGUCGUCAACAAGCUCUUCGAGUUCAUGCACGAGACGCACGAUGGCGUGCAGGACAUGGCCUGUGAUACGUUCAUCAAGAUCGCGCAAAAGUGCCGCCGGCACUUUGUGACGGUGCAGGUGGGCGAGUCCAUGCCCUUCAUCGACGAGAUCCUCCUCAAUCUCCGCUCAGUCAUCUGUGAUCUUGGCCACCAACAGGUGCAAACGUUCUACGAAGCGGUGGGCUACAUGAUCUCCUCGGAGGUGGACGACAGCCAGCAGGCCUCGCUGAUCGAGCGGCUCAUGUCCAUGCCCAACGCCAUCUGGGACGAGGCCGUGCAGCAGGUCAAGGCCAACGCCGAGACGCUCAAGGACGUGGAGUGCCUCAAGCAGUUCGUCUUCCUGCUGCGCACCAACUACCGCGCCUGCACCUCCCUCGGCAACGUCUACGUCCACCAGUUGAAGCGCAUCUUCUACGACUCGCUGCAGCUGUACAAGUUGCUGAGCAGCAACAUCAGCGCGGCCGUCUCGGUGGGCGGCGAGGCCGUGGCCAAGGGGCCGCUGAUCCGCGCCAUGAAGGCCGUCAAGAAGGAGAUCCUCCGCAUCCUCUCCUGCUGGAUCUCCAAGUCCACCAAUCCGCCCCUGGUGUACGAGUACUUUUUGCCGCCGAUGCUGGAGGCGCUGCUGCUGGACUACAAGACCAACGUGGCGGAGGCGCGCGAGCCGGAAGUGCUGUCGCUCCUCCGCUCCGUCGUCGAGCGCCUGGAGAGCCUCGUCACGCCGCGCAUUCCCGAGAUCUUUGACGGGGUCUUCCAGUGCACGCUGGAGAUGAUCAACAAGGAUUUCGCGGAGUACCCCGAGCACCGCACCAACUUCUUCCUGCUGCUGCAGAGCGUCAACCAGAAGUGCUUCGCGGGUUUAUUAAGCAUCCCGGGCGCGCAGUUCAAGCUGGUGAUCGACUCCAUCGUCUGGGCCUUCAAGCACCACACGCGCAACGUCGCCGAGAUCGGCCUGCAGAUCCUGUACACGCUGCUGAAGAACAUCGCCAACCAGCCGGCCGACGUGGCGCAGUCCUUCUACAAAGCCUAUUAUUUAACGCUCCUCGAGCACCUCUUCUCCGUCGCCAGCGAUCCCACGCAUUCCGGCAAUUUGAGUCUGUUCUCGAUGAUCCUGGCGUACAUGUUCAGUCUGGUGGACGACAAGAAGGUGCUGGUGGCGCUGGACCCGGCGGCCCCGCCCAACGUGCCCGGCGGCGACAACGUGGCCUUUCUGCUGCAGCACCUGCACCAGGUGCUCAAGACGGCCUUCCCGCACCUCACCGAGUCGCAGAUGAAGAUCACUCUCCAGGGCAUGUUCAACCUCGACCAGGACGUGGCGCAGUUCAAGGAGCACCUCCGCGACUUUCUCGUCCAAAUCAAGGAGUUGACGGGCGACGACGACACGGAUCUGUUCCUGGAGGAGCGCGAGACGCUGCUGCGCAAGGCGCAGGACGACAAGCGCAAGAUCCAGAUGGCCGUCCCCGGCAUCCUCAAUCCCCACGAGAUCGACGACAUGGAGGACUGAUUUUCGUACAAAGAAAAAGCCUGUGCAAUCCACGCGCUACCUGUUUCGCCAAAGUGCAGUGAAGAAAAAAGGGGCAAUUAUUGCUGCGUAUUAUUCAGUUGGGAGUGGAGUUGAUUAACCAUUGCUAUAUAGAAAUAGCCAGUUAUUUUCUAGCUUUCGUUGCAGUCGGUUCGGCUGUUGGACCGCAGCGAGCGUUUAUGCGAUUUUGACACGGGCGCACUGCACUCACUGUGUUUGCGAAGGCGUUUGAUUAUUUUCUCUUACUUUUACUUGUCUGUAAUAAGCUGAUUUUUGCAUUACCGUUCGCCAGUGACGUCAAGCUGCCACAAUAAAUAUCGAAGUAUUUA